AUGGCAAGCGGAACUACACUUAAAGUGUUGGGGAAGGUUCCAGUGAAUUUCAAGCUUGAUGAUGUUGAGUUGCAACAUGAGAUGAUUAUAGCUGAUAUUACGGUGGACGGAAUACAAGGUCUUGAUUUCUUGAGACAGGGCAUGGUUCCCAUCCGUAUCAUGAAUAUAUCAGAUGAUAGUAGAACCAUGUACCCAGGAACUGGUGUAGGGAAAUUUACUUCAGUUGAUGAGGUUGUGUCUUUGAUGACAGAGAAAAAUGAUCAUCUUGAUGGGAAUAGUAACAUGCCAUUGUAUUUGGAAGAGCUCUAUAAAAGCAAUACUUGUCAUUCAGACGAGGAAGAUAGACAGAAAGCCGAAAUGAAAAAGAAAGAUGGGUCUACAAGAUUUUGUGUAGACAACAGGUGCUUAAGCAGUGUUACAACAAAAGACGCAGACCGAUUACCUCGCAUUGACGAGUCCCUAAACCAGCUGCGUGGUGCCAAGUGGUUUAAGCAGGUCUUAGAGAAGCUUCUGGCAGCUGGACUGAAGCUAAAAACUAGGAAGUGUACUUUGUUUGCUCAAAAAGUUAAGUACUUGGGACAUAUAAUCUCUAAACAAGGGAUUCAGACUGAUCCUGAAAAGAUUGAGAUUGUAAAACAUUGGCCUGUACCAAUGAGCAAGACCCAGAGCCACUUGACUUCUGCACCGAUUCUUACGCACCCAGACUUUACUAAGCCUUUUACACUAGACACAGACGCGAGUCAGUAUGCCAUGGGCACCGUUCUCUCACAGAUUCAAAAUGGCCGAGAGAGGGUCGUGGCAUACGCAAGCAAAGUUCUCAGCAAGUCAGAAAGAAAACAUUGCGUAACCCGUAAAGAGCUUCUGGCUGUGGUAACAUUUAUUAAGAAUUUUCGACCAUUCUUGUAUGGACAUAAGUUCUUGGUCAGGACUGAUCACAGCUCGCUAAAAUGGUUACUCAGAUUUAAAAAUCAAAAGGGUCAGUUGGGUCGUUGGCUCGAGGUCAUAUCAACUUAUGACAUUGAGAUAGAGCAUCGGGCUGGAAAACUGCACGGGAAUGCAGAUGGACUCAGUGGAGUACCGUGUAGCCAGUGUGGAUAUUUUGAUGGCUGGGACAAGAUGGAUAUGUCUGUGGAACAUGCAAGAGUGGUAGAGGACGAAGCUCAAACAAAUACAGAAGUAUCUGACUGGGUUACGAUCCGGAAGACAAGAACCACACAAUACCAUCCGCAGUCUGAUGGUAUGGUCAAACGUUUGAACAAAACGAUAGCCACUAUGCUUAGUGCCUAUGUGGAUGAAAACCACCGGGACUGGGAUGAAAGCAUUCCAUACGUGAUGAUGGCGUAUAGGUCAUCUCAGCAUGAAUCCACAGGCUACAGCCCUAACACGCUCAUGCUAGAAAUCCAAAAACUAAAGCUUGUCGGAGUCCAUUUUGAAAACAGAGAAGAAACAUCCUCUAAAAAUACAAAAUCCACAAAUUUCUUUCCAAUUUGGACGUCUGAAUUCGAUGAAGCAAACACCUGUGUAGUACUCGUGACAGAGAUACCAAGCGAAUCAUCAUCUUCCCUUAGAAAGAGUCUUCGUAAUCCUACCAGCGAUUCCAGACUGAUAUUUAUCUUAAAAUGCGCAGCAUUACUUUGCAAAGAUUUUACCUUUCUAUGGAAUACCACCGUAGCAAAAUCUGCGCUGAGAAGGAUUGAAUUAUUCUUGACCGAGAAAAAACAUUCACUGGAGGAUUACAAGAAAGUCGUUUCUAUCUUAGAACCGUGUUUCACAUACGUAUCCACUUCCAGUUACUUAAAAUUAUUGUCUGAUGCCGCGCGGCUAGAGACUCUAUGGAAUUUGUUUAACGACUGCCGGUCUCCAAUGGAAGUCUUGAAAUACAUUGCUGAUCAAAGAUUGUCGACACUCGCAAAGAAAUACUUCCGAUUAGAAGGAUACAGUCAACAUGUUGAUGAAACUUACAUUCUAUUGCCGCGCUCUGUGGCAAAUAUCUACCUGAAAAGUUUUGAGGAUAACAUUUUUAAAAAUUUAGAAAUUUCUUGGGAGUCAAAUGAUUCCUUUGACCAGAGGACUUGUACGGAGUUUGAGUGUUUUGUUCACUACACACUUUACAGAGAUCUUCCUACAUCUGAAACCGUAUUGGAAUAUUUCCGAACGUCUGGUUAUGUGAAGGAAGCUGAGGAAGAAUGUAUAAUUGUACCUUCUGAAUACGAUGAGAAAGUCAUAGAGAAGAUGGACGUGGAUAUUAUUGUUCAUAAAACAUUUAAAGAUGAUUCAAUUCAUGAAGCUGUUGUAAAACUUUUAAGAAUUCCAGAAGAAGUAAUUGGGUGGAACGAUGAAAGAAAACAACGAUUUAUUGAGGAAUUGAAGAAAGGGAAAUCUCGAAUCCAUCGAGCUAGAGUAAUAGUUGUUGGCUGUGCAGGAGCAGGUAAAACAACUUUGGUUGAAAGACUCAAACAUCCAGACAGAGAUGAGAUGCCUACAACUACCACAACUGUUGGUCUUGAUGUUCACAAAAAUGUGUUCCUAGUCGACGGCGGGAAACUAAUAUUGAUGGCAGAUGCAGCUUCUUUGUCAUCUUCAAGCAGCAGAGACAAAAUGAUAACUGUGAUGGACUUUGCCGGACAAAGUGCAUAUUACGCAUGUCAUCAAGUUUAUUUGACAAAGAGGGCAAUUUAUUUAUUAGUCACAGACAUGUCAAAAUCUAUGGAAGAAAAAGUUGGCCAACAUGUCUGCGACGCUGAUGGAACAAUCUUUGCAGACUGGAAAUACGGAGAUUACAUUAGUUUUUGGCUUCAGAGCAUUCGGACAUACUGCGGAGAGGAGAUGUCAGUAGUUCUGGUGGCAACACACAAAGACAAACUUCAGAAAUCGGAAAAGAGCUUUUACGACGAAAUUCUACAUUCGUUUCCCAGAAAUCAAACUCUGAAGAAACAUUUGUCUACAAAGAGCUACUUUGAAGUUGAAGCGGCUCCUAAGGACAACGAAAAGAUAUUAGAAAUUCAGAAUCGUCUAAUUGACCUCUUAACGUCAAAUAAUGAAGAGAAGUCCUACUCACACUGGGGGGAAUUUAUCCCAUCGUUUUGGUUAACUGUUGAAAGAGAAUUAGAACAAAACAGAGAAAAAGUCAUGCGUGUGUCACAAAUAAAAGACAGAUUCAAUUUAGAGCUUUCUGAAGCUUUUGAUGGAUACCUUGAUCUAUUUCGUCAUUGUUGGUUUCAGUUAAAGGUUAAACUUCGAGUAGAAGUAUCAAAUGAUAUAAUUAAAAUUCGUGACAUGCUACAGUUCUUUCAUGAAAUUGGAUAUAUUCUCUUUUUCAAUGAAACGAACUUAAAUGAGGUAGUCAUUCUAGAUGUCCAGUGGUUUAUUGAUGCAUUCAAAUCAUUAACCAUGGAUAAAAACCAAGUAGACGUAACAAAAGCUUCAAAUAAUUCAAACACAAAAACUCUAACUCUCAAGGACUGUUUCGAAACUACAAAAGAUAUGGAUGAGUUCUACCAAUCAGGAAAGCUGCCUUGUGAAAUUCUGCAACAAUUCUGGGAAUCUCAUGACGAUAAAGAUCUGCAAGAAAAUAGUGGCUCUUUAUUAAAAUACAUGGAACGUCUGGGCCUUCUAGCCACCGGAGAAAUCUUUCAUUACAUUCCGUGUGUCAACAAAACGGAUAUAGAUAUUUCACAACUUGAGAGAAUAUCUUCAAAACAGCACAAGACAUCAGUCAUGCAUUUCAUAUUCAAGCAUUGCCUGCAUCAUUUCUUUUUCCAAAGAGUUGUUGUUGCUUGUAUGCACAAAUGGAAAUACCUAGAAAUAGAUGGCAAAAUUCAAUUAUUCAAAAACAUUGUUUUGCUACAACACAAACAAAGGGGGAAUGUCAUUGUAAUCGGCGUAAAUAAAACAGCAAUUCAGUUAUUGGUAUACAGCAAUAGUACUUCGAGAUCUCUGCGGCCCGCUGAUACGUACAAAGUUCGAAAUAUUGUCGAACAAAUCAUAUGUUCCGUUGUAAGUACAUUUCACAGAGCCGUGAAUUAUGAAGUAGGAUUCAGUUGUUUGGAGAAUGAAAAAAUAACGCAGGAAUGUGAAGGGCAAUUAAUUUUAGAGAAGAAUGCUGUCGCCUUUUCAAAGCUUGAGGAAGGACGCGAAUGUGAUUACCACACUGAAACACACUAUAUACAUUGGAGUAAAAUGGUCAAACAUUGGAAUAAAGAUCAAGGUCUGAGAUUAGGGUGCUUUUCAAGAGAGAGGAGAAAUUCGACGGUAGAAGGUAUCACCAGGGAGGCGCAAACAGAGAAUACAAAACCACUUUUGGAAAAUGAAGAAAGACACGUUUAUAUCA